AUGCGAUCCCUAUCACUUCUCGCCGUUUUGGCCACAUGCUGCCUAUCCGUUUGGGCUAAAAUGCAAAAUGUGACCGUCAAGGGUAUCACUGUGUGCGAUAAGAAGCCCAUGAAAAACGUCCACGUCGAGCUCUAUGAACAUGACAUAUUGGACCCCAACGACCUGCUGGCAGACACGCACACAAACUCUUCAGGCGAGUUCAAAAUUUACGGAGAGGAAGAUGAGAUAGGCAGCAUCGAACCAUUCAUUCGUCUCACACACGACUGUAAGGUGUCAAAACCGGGUUGCCAGCGCAUCGCUGAUUACGUUGUGCCAAAAGACAAAAUAGAUGGAGUCUACGAUAUGUCUCACGUAGCGCUCGACAUCGUUGUUCAAGGAGAGAAGGAAAAGUGCUAG